GACGCCAAUCUUGAGGCUCAGUCUCAAGUGGCCGGGGGCAGGUCCUUGGGGAGGAGUCGACUUAAGGGAAGAUGAGGCCGGGCCCUAUCGGGGGGCUGGAGCUGGGAGGGCGGAGGCGCCGAGGGCGGGCGGCCAGACCCGUGGAAGGCCAGUGCGAGGGAGGCCGGGAGAGCGCGCGUGGGCGGGGAGCGCGGAGAGGAGGGCGAGCCGGGCGAGCGCGGAGCCAGCAGAGCGCGGAGGCCCCAGCGCCAGCACCCGCGCGGGCGAAUAGCAGCCCUCUGCUUUGCUGGCAGCCACAGGACCACCCUCACCCACCCCAGCAGGACGUCACAGAAACCCAUUUAGGUCCCUUGGACGCUCUGUGUCCUUCCUGAACUGUUCCUGUCUCAGAAUGCGCUUCUGUCCUCCCAGCUGGCCUGGCUACCUCCUGCUCAUCCCUCAGGCCUCAGAUCAGCGGACUUCUUCCAGGAAGCCUUUCCAGUCCUAGUGCAGCUUAGUGGCGCAGUGGCAGCAGCAGCAUGAGCACCCCCCGGCCUGCUUCACCACAGCCAGGCACUGCUGAGGGGGCUGGAGGCCCAGCAGGGAAGGCUGUGGCGGGUGCCCGGGAGAAGGGCCCUCGACUGGGCCAGCGGCUGCCCUCAAUCGUGGUGGAGCCCAGUGAGGCGGACCCUGUGGAGAGCGGGGAGCUGCGCUGGCCCCUGGAGAGUGCCCAGAGGGGCCCCUCUCAGAGCCAGGCUGCUGCUGCCUCCUCCCCGAGUCUGCCUGGAGAACCAGGGAAAGCUGCAGAUGCUGCUGGCAGAGAGUGUGCCUGCUCUGAGGACCCAGCAGCCCCGGCCCGGGGAUAGGACAAGGAUGUGGCUGGGCUCUGCUGUCUGACUGCUGAGGGCUUCUGCCCCAGGGUGGCCAGGCUGGUGCACAGGAGGGCCGGGCCUGCCUAGCCGGGAGAGUCCAGAGGCUGCUUCCUGUCUCACCAGGCCUGACCAGCACUGCAGCCCUGCCCUCUUCUGCCCAUGGCCCAGGUCUGGAUCACACCCCGCUUUGUUCCGUGGUUUGAAGCAGAAAUAAAGGCACUUCCUGGUGGCCAGCAGGCACACUUGAUGGGGAUGCAAGAGACUGA